AUGAGAUUUCUGGGUUAUGCACUGCUGUUGCUUACAGCAGCGGCUUUGGCCAACGCAGCAGUUGGACGCAGCGAGGAUGAUGAGGCAUCGCCGCAGAGGUACCGCCUGUUCAAGCGCAGCGCCGUUGCCGAGGGCAGAACCCUGUCGCAGCUGCUGUCGCUGAAGGGCACCUCGACCACGACAACAACUCCAUCGGUCACCUCAUCAACUCCGACAACGCCCCCGUCAUCGGCUCGUGGCUACAAUGACGACGACGAUGAGCCUGCUGAUGAGCAAGACGUGGACGUCGACGAUGAUGACUAUGAGCUGGAUCGCCUGCACGCCGACGAUGAUGAAUUGGCCGCCUAUGAGCUGAACAGCCUGACACGCCGUGGCAGCAGCCGCCCAGUACCGGCCAGCAACCAGCUGUCCGACAGCACACGCCUGCAAGCCUACGAGCUGCGCCGUCAGACGGAGCAGAACAAGCUACUGCGCCAGCGCAUCCAGUUCCUGCGCCGCCAGAGCGCCCAGACUCGCCGUCGUGCCCAACGCGCCCGUAAGCAGCAGCGCCGCCGCAACAAGAACAAUCGCCGUCGCUUGAGCCGCAGGAAUCGCCGCAAUCGCCGUCGCGCCAACACUCGCAAUCGCCUUGCCAGACGCCGCCAGAGAAGGAACCGUCGUCGCAAUUAG